AUGUUUGGGUUCUUCCUGCUCAGUGGCCUGGUGGAUCUCAUCAGCCAGGUGUGGCUGGCCCGGCAGAGCAUGAAGCUGGAGCGAGCGGCCAUGUCCUUGGCCUUGUUUGCGCUGCUGCUGCAAACGGUAGCCCACAUUGAGCACAAGAACGCCCUGGAGGUCCGCCUGCACAACCUGCUGUUGAUCCCUGUCUUCCUGCUGGCCCUCAUGUUCACCACUGAUGUCUGGGUCCCUGACCAGCCCCCACUCCGGGUGCUGAAGGCCUGGGUGCUGCUGGUGCUUGGCUGCUGGAUGCUGCAGGUGACAUCGGUGUUGUACGCCCCUCCCUCCGGACAGCCCUGGAGGGCAGGCAGCCCCGUGGACCUCGCCUUCCUCACCGUCUUCUUCUGCUGGCACCUGGGCUUAGGGGCUGCCGUGCUGGCUGCUGUCUAUGGUCUCUGUAGCCUCUGGCACCAUCGCUGCUCCUCCUGGACGGGAUUCCCAGGGGCCAAGUACCGGCCGUGCCCCACCAGCCCCAGCAAUGGAGAACUCAAAAAGCUCAGGGGAGAGGCCAUGCUGCAGGAUGGAGACUUCUAA